CAGCUGAUCUGCUGCUCAAACUAGUUCGUCUCGUUUUCGGAUUCUGCAACAGCAGCAGCCACACACAGCCACAACAGCGCACACGGAGUGAGGAAAAAUCGGGAAUGUUUUUUGCCAGUGCCUUCUAGCGUGCGCCCGUCUCUCCUUAUCGCAGACCGAUUUUUCCUAAUCGUUCCCUAUCGCCCUUUUACUGCUCGCGUGCCAUCGGGAGAGGCUUUUCGUGUCCGCAGCCCCAGUGCAGCACCAGUUUUGUUCCUGAUUUCCUGACUGCCCGGACGGCCAUUCGCACCCAACCCCCACCCACACCAGCAACUUCGCGACCGCAAAUGCAAAUCGUGCACAGAAAAUCUCGCAACUCCCAGUGGUGGUGGUCGACGGCAGGUCGUUGGGCAGCCGUCGGGCGACAAAGCACGGCUGUGUAAAGGUAAAAAGGUGCUCUUCCUCGACACACGACUCGUCUUGGCCUUGGCCGUGCGUGCGUGCGUGCGUGAGUGCGUGAAGUGUGUGCGUGAGUGCGUGAAGUGUGCGUGUGUGUUUACCGUCGGGUUUACUGAGUGGUUCCGCAGUUUCGUCUGGCUUUGGCCCUGCCUGUGCUUACUCCGCACUCCACCCGGGAUCUUGUGGCCAACUGUGAUGAUGUGCUGCACACGCAUGGCAAAACGUAAUUGUCUCCAGUGAAGAGUGAGUGAGAUGAGAUGCUGGUAGUCUACCACCACUACUACUACGACAAAGCAUCCGACUAGUGCAUCCGUUGCAUCCGUGCUGUACACUACGCUACUAAGCAGUGAUAUGAAGAAGAAAAAGUAGUUCCAAUUUCACGGGCCCCCGCGCGUGUGUGUGUGUGUGUGGCUCCUGCAAUUCCCCUGCCAUUACUAUCACCUUCCACACCUUCGGCAAAGCAGCAAAAGCAGUUGUGUGCCCUCCCUAUACAACAGGCAACAUUCGUGCAGUCAGAAGUGCCUCUCUCUCGCAAGUUGCCUGCUCGUUGCUUGAAUAUCUCUCACCGCUUUCGUCGUAGCCCGCGCUGCCCUUUUACCGCAAUUGGUCACCCUUUUCUCGCCGCCGUUCAGUUUUUGGGGAUCAAGUUUGGUGUUUUUUUUUUGCUUUGAUUUGGCCUUCACCACCCACAACAAUCCCUCGGGGAGGCCUGUUGGCACGAGCCACCUGGUGUCGAUGAGUGUGCGUGUGUGUGCGUGUGCGUGUUAAGUUAGUGUGAAUAAAGUGAGUAGAGAGUGUCCAUUGCUCGUGUGCAGGCUCCUCGCUCGUGCGUGCGUGCGUGCCUCUGUGUGUGCCUGUUUUGUGUCCAUUGGCGGUGUAAAAGAGAGAGAGAGAGAGAGAAAGAGAGUUUGUGUUCUCCAGCCAGCUGCACACGGUGUGUGCAAAGUGCGGGCGGUGUAACAGGUGGUGAAAGCAGACGGAAGGAAAUGUCUCAGACCAAUUCGUUCCAGCCGUGGAAACAGACGCUCCCGGUCGGUUUGCCGUCCAACCUUGGCACCGCCAUCUUCGGUGGCACCACAGCUGGCAGCAGUAGUGCAGCAGCAGCAGUAGUAGCAGGCUAUGGAAAAGUACCACUGCUACCACCACCACCACUGCAACCGACACCGUCGCCAUCCUCGUCCUCCUCAUCCUCCUCGUCGUCGCUCGGUUCGGUCAGCUCGUCUACCCCGGGACCGCUAGGCGCGAUCAUGCACGCUGGCCCCCCGCUGCUGACCGUGCCACCGUCGCCCGGCAGCGGCACCGUAUCGUCCUCGACGGCGACCCCGCUCCCACCGUCGCCCGCCGGGCCCGCUGCCGGCGGUCCCGACUUUCUCGCCCAAAUGGCGGUCAACAAGCUGAAGGUGGGAAAGCUAAACGCCAGCUACGAACUGACGGCCGCCAGCAGCAGCGCGGUCGCCUCCUCCCAUGCGCCACCGACGGCGGCCAGCACGGAGCUGGAGCUGGGAGAGCUGGGAGCGGAACAGGAGGCGAGCGUGGCCGCUAUGAGGGCGAUGCUGGCCAGCUCCGGCUGCCACAAUCCGGCGGCCCUCGGCGAUCGUGAGCGCGAACAGCAGAUACAGCAAAUAUUUGAAAAAUCCAUCAGCGACAACACCAAGAAACAGAUAUUGGAAAUACUGGAGAAAAUAUCGACCCUUCGGCCGCCGGAACGGCUGCUGCUGUAUCUUCGCAUGCCCGGCGGCUACCCGGAAACAGAUCCACUGCGCCAGUCACAGAAUCCGCUCGGCACGCGGCUCGAGAUUAAUCACACCAUCAACUGGGUCCGGUCGCAUCUGGAGCACGACCCGAAUGUGUCAAUUCCGAAGCAAGAAGUGUACGAUGACUAUGUAGCCUACUGCGCACGGAUCAACAUUAAGCCGCUGUCGACGGCCGAUUUCGGCAAGGUGAUGAAGCAGGUGUUUCCCGGCAUCCGGCCCCGCCGGCUCGGCACGCGAGGCCACUCCCGCUACUGCUACGCAGCGAUGCGCAAAGCCACCAAGCUUCCCGUCCCGAAGCUGCCCGAUCUCACCACCAGCGCCGCCGCCGUCGAGAGUCAACCGAACGAGGGCCAACACUACACCGAGGAGGAAUCGUGGAAGGUGGUGAAGGGGUGGGCGGAAGCGAUGCUACCGUCCUGCUUCACCACGAUCAACGAGCUGGCCGGCUUCAUCGCGAAGAACAACCUCAACUCACCGUCCGGCCUAGCGAGCCGGCAGCAGCUGCACAAGAAGAUUCUGCAGCGCGAGAUGAAGGAAAAGCGAAAGCUGUCGGCCGUGGCGAUGAAGAAGCGGCGCAAGAAGCGCAGGAAGACACUUUCGACAAGCAUUUGUGACGCGCCGGAACUGUCCCGCACUGCCGCCGGCACACCGCCGGACAAGGCGAAACCACCGUCGUCCGGGGACGGAGCAGGGGGAGCCUUCGGUACGGUGGAAACUCAGCAGCGAACCGUAAGUACAAAGCAACAGCAGCAGCAGCAGCAGCAGAACCAGCAACAGCCAAACUCCACCACGAUCGAUGGAAUGAACCCAGCGUGUAACGGGACUGCCACGUCGGCGGCGGGUGCGACCAGUCAGCUGCUCCAGCACAUGAUAAAGCGCGAGCAGCAGGAGUACCUCGACGAGGACAACAAUAACACGACCCCGGCGGCCGGGCUCGUCGGCACCGGCAAGAUGAUGCUUCUGCAACGUCAGCAGCAGCAGCAGCAGCAGCAAAGUACAAAUCUCAACUGUGAUACUAGCAAUGGUUUCUUGGAGUCGUUGAACAAAGACCUGAUGAUGGCAGUGGCGGCCAGCGGGUUUCUUCCACCGUCAGCGACCGGGGUGCCAUCGGUAAUCGCUCACCCACCGCAGCAUCUGCAACAGCAGCAGCAGCAGCAGCAGCAACAACAGCAACUAAUGCAGCAGCGUCUACUGGAGGGCGGAAUGCGCAGCCCGCAGGAUCAACAAUUCCUUCAGAAUGUGUACUGCAAAAAGGUGCGUCAGGCGCAGCAGUUGAAGGCCGUCCAGCAACAGCAGCAGCAGCAACAACAGCAACAGCAACAGCAGCAAAUGCAACUCCAGCAACCGGCCGGUCCGAUCCAGUCGCCCCUAUUCUUUCCCAACCGGCCGACGAGCGUGCAGAAGCGGCAGCUGGCGACCAGUGCCGCGUUCGCCGGUCGGCAGAAGCGGCUCAAGCUGCUGCAGCAGCGCCAGCAGCGUUCGCUCGAAGCACAGAACAACAGUGCACCGCGGUACGACGAGCAGGGCAAUCUAAUACUCAUCGAAACGCAGGACUCGGUAGCGCAGGACGAGUUCAUCAUUCCACGCGAGCGGGUGAUCAGUAUUUGCAACAUGGACAAGAACGCACUGGACGGCUACCUGAACUGCGACGAGGAAAACUCGCAGGACCAGGAUCAGGAGCUGCUCAAGUACUUCCCGGAGGAGGAUGGCGGUGGUGAUGGUGCUGCCGGUGGGCCGUCGCAGCCGAAGCAGCUGCUGGACGCUUCGGCGGAGCACGACGGUACGGCGGGUGGUGGACCGGCGUCUUCCGCCUUCGGCGGCACGCUGUUCGAUGACAACGAGAAGCUGUUCCAGAUACGCAUGAUUCUCGAAAAGAACCAGUGCAACCAGAACAAGCAGCAGAUGCUGCAGCAGCAGCAACAGCAGCAGCAGCACAUGCAGCAAACGAUGGAGUCCCAUCUGGCGGCGUACGAUACUGUUGGUUCGAUGGGCCAGGGUGGAGCGAUUGGAUUGCAGCCCGGUUCGGCAGCUGCCUCGCUGGCCGCACUGUCUCAGCGCCACAACACGUCCACCGGUGAGGCGGCGGCGAUGGGUGGUGCUGCCUCAACUGCCGGCGGUCCCCAUCAGCCGCACGGAGCGCCCGAACAGCAUCAGCGGCAGCAGCUGAAGCACGAAGCAGCAGGAGGAGCAGGAGUAGCUGCCGGUGGGUCCCAGCAGCAGGGGUAUGGUGUGGCACAAAUGAAUGGUGGGGCGGUGGCCGGCGGUGGUCCAGCACUGUCGCUGCAAAGUCCAACCGCUCGGCGGAAGAACUUUAGCUUCGUUCCGAUCUCGGAGCAGCCGCGCGUUGGCUCGGGCGGCAAACCGCUGUCCGGGGGUGGUAACAUCAACCACACACCCACCGCAAGCCCGUUUGUGAGCCCACGCAGCACGCCGAUCCAUCGCAAGGCCCACAAGGCGUCGAAUGGGCUCACGUUGAACUUAAUGCAGCAACACGGCCACCAGCAGCAGCAGCAGCAGCUUCAGCAACAACUAUCACACGCUGGCGGUGGAGCGUACGGUCAGCACCAUCAGCAGCAACAACCGCCACACCAGACCCAGUCCCGCUCCUACCUGGGCGGAUACAUUAAGAACGAGCUGUCCGCGUCGGCACCGCCCAGCCCUUCGAUGAUGCAACCGUACCGCUUCGGUGCGGUCGGCAUGAACGGGCUCAACUGUGGCCUCGCGCCAAUGCCGACCACGUUCCAGCCGAUCUGCAAUCCCCACGGCAGCCUCAGCUCGAGCACCGGGCAACCGGGGCAGGUGUCUUCGCUCGAGUCACGCUCCAGCAGUGUCCCGCUGAUCCCGAACUACGACCCUUACUGCAACUCCAACUACAACUCCGUGUCGCAAACGCCCGUCCCGUCCGAGUACGACGAUUUCACCGACACGGCGGGCAACAUUCUGGACAUGCUGAACGAACAGUCGAGCCAGCUGUCGGCGUCGGUCAAGAUCGAAGAGUCGGAACUAACCCUGCCCGAUCUGCUCGAUCAGCAGCAGCAGCAGCAGCAGCAACGGCAAGAGGAGGGUGGAUUUUUCGCCCGCUCCGUCAACUACAACAUUGUGUCGCGCUCCGUACCGUCCACUCCGCUGCCCCAUCUCGGCGGGUUCGGACCGCUCGGUUCCUCGGCCGGGUCCGGCAGCUGCAUCGGUCCGAUGGGUCCCACUGGCGGUCCCAGCGGUCUCGGCCUGGUCACCAGUACUCGGUCACUGUUCGAGCUGCCCAAGUCCGUGCCAUCGACACCGAUCGGGCUGAACGAGGGCAGCUGCCCGGGCGAAUCCAUGUUCCAGUACAGCCCGGAAACGUCGCGCGACUUCCUGAUCAACGGCAACUCGGUCGAUCGGAGCAAAUCGUCCGCCGCCACGUUCUACUCGCCGGUGGCGGGCGGUCCGGGCGGCACCACUGCAACCGCCGGCGUGCCCGGUACGCUCGCGCUGGAUGCGAACGGAUCGGACAGCUGCAUUGCGGGCAGCGGCCCCGCCGGUGCCGACGUUACCGGAGAGCUUGGCGUAGCGGGUCCACACACUGCACAUUCCGGUGCCGGCAAUGGGCGGAUGGGCGGUAGCCGGUCCUCCUGCCCUUCGGCCACGGCCGACCCGAUCGUACCACCGUCGGCCGAUCUGGCCAACCUAUCCGACGGCAUCGAGGGGCUCUCGAACGAGCUGGACAGCAUGGCGGAAUCGAUGAUCAAUUCCGACAUCUUGCGGAAUCUGUAAAACAAAAAACCCGCCAACAAACACAAUGCAAGAGGGCUGGCGAGGUAGCCGCGGCAAAGCGGUGGAAACAGGGGGGAGGAGGAAAGCAACAUUGUAGCUACAAUGUAGGUCGACGUUUUAUUUGUUUGGUAAUUUAUUCACCACGUGCCGCCAUCAAACGGCGGUCGAGAUUGUGACGCCCGCCCCUACGUACGACCGCGCACACUACACCAGUGCGCACUAUCCCGAUCUGUCGUUCAUUCCCCCCGUGUGCGGACGGCAAGGGGGUCGGUUUGUGGGGGAUUCCGGAGAGCGGAAGACAGAGUGCACACAACCACGCGUUCCACUGGGUGGGAUGAAGGGGGUUGGUGGUGGCUACUAGUAAGUGCACUAAAUGCACUCAACCAGAGCUCUCUUCUUUCCCUCGCUCGCUCGCUCUCUCCCUCUCUCUUUCGCUUUGUCUCUGUCUCAAUAAGUGCAAUUUAGAAGGCGGGGAGUGCAUUUACUGCUGCCACAGUCCCGAUGUACGAUAGUUGUUUGCAGCAUCAUCGACAGACCAGAGGGUGGAUGGGUUUAGGGGGCGAUUGGUUGGUUGUGUGCCGGGUGUUGCACAUUCCCAUCGAACCGACCUCCUCUCCCCAGACACACACACACACGUGCCCGGAUGCACACACCGCGCCUUCUUCUAGUCGACGCCGUCGUGUGACAUUGGCCUUGAAAUAGUGCACACACUUUCCACACUUGCGCACAUCGUGCUGUGGUCGCUGUGUGCUGUGUGUUCGAUUCUGCCGGCCGGCGGCACUCCCUAGAACGGAAGGGGAGGAAGAGUGGGACAACGAGCUAAUGUUUCUUGUUGUGUUUGUGGCCCGUUCGCGCUGCCGAUGAAGCCGGGAAAGCACCAGGAGGAUGCACAUGCACGCAGAUUUCAAAUAUCGUACAGGGUACGAACCGCCCCGCGGUGUAAAUCGGCCGGAAAAGCAUUAAUUUGUGCAUGUGCCAAAGAGAGGAAAAAGGGGGGCAGCUGCUAUAUUAACGACGGUAUCGGUUUGUUAACUAUUUUUAAUCAUUUUCUUACCCGCGCACACACACACACGCACACCACGUCCGGAGGUUGUGUGUGUUUUUUAAAUAUUUAUUCAAAUACACUGUUGUUCGUUUUUUUUUAUUUAACCGUUUUAGCUGUUACCGUACCGUGCAAUUUUAUUGGCCACCAAUUGCUGUUUUACGUUGUUUUUUUUUGUAUAUGCGUUUAAGGUUUUACCAUUUUAUUCCGCUUCCCUCUUGAAGUGACAUCCCUUUGGAAUGCUGCAAGCAUUAUCCCGCCUUAUUUAUUUGCUAGUGUGCGCACGCUUACAAUGUCAUUAAUGCCAUUCCCGUGCCAAGCAAGCAUUCCCACUAAUCGAAAGUUGUUUUUGCUAUCGCGUGCGUCCACACACAUACACACACACACACACACUGUACUUGUGUUGUGCAAUGUGGUCGCUGUGGCAUGUAAAUUAGCAGUUGGAAAAAUCAAUACAUCUCUUGAUCCUCUCCCGUGCGCCAACCUGAUUUACGUCCGGACAUGUGGUUCUGCGCGUCGCAUGGUCCAUGCGGGUCCGUACACGUGCCGAUCGCUAAUAGGCCCGAACGGCCGACGCGCUACAAUGUAGUCGCGCUACCGCCCGUUUAUGACGGACACAGCAGGUAGAGGGGGAUGUUAAAAAUUACGACGACAGGCAAUUUUUGCGCAGUUUAGGAACGGGUUUUUUUUUACUAAGCCAGAAUCCUGCUAGAAGACAUACAGAACCACACAGAACGGUUCCAAAGGUUGGCACGAGAGCAAUCUGAUCGUUGCGCGUGAGUCACAGAUACCACCCUCAUGCUCAUGUGUGGCCCCUUCACAUGGGCCGUGUCGUGUCCGUUGCUUUCCCGUCCAAUCCACUUCGAAUUGUGGUGCAGCUUUAGCAAAGCCAUAAAAUAGUUUUAUUUGCUUUUGGAAGAAAGUGGAAAUAGAUCUUAUCAGUCAGGCCGUUUGCCGGAGACCAUACAAUGUAGCACUUUUAAACGCGUUGCCUCGCGAGAGCUGACGGGCAGGGCAGGGCAGGCAAACUACUGAUAAGAGUGGAAAACACUAUCGCAGGUGACGUAUCUGCGGCAGUGCUGAUUUGUGAAGGGUGUCGUUGGAGAGGAAAAAACGAAGCGCAGACAAGCACAGCAAACUUUUGCGCCACUCCAGGACCAAGUGGACAGACUGCAAUAGGCGGGUGUGUGUGUGUGUGUGUAUUUGCUGCACCUUAUCGGACCCCUCUGCCACCGUAGUGUAAUGAAAAAUGGCCUUUCCAGGAAUGCACACCUCGGGAUAUAUGGUGCAAAUGACAGGGAGAUUAGGGAAAUUUGUACAAUUUAAUAAGCACUUGCCAAGCACCACCACCACCACCAUCUGCACGUGCAAAUUGCAUUGCGGCGAGCGCGAUCGAUCCGGGCGAAAGUCGAUCGAUCGAUCGAUUGGAGUGCGAUGGAAAAUGGUUCGCGCGACAAGGGUUGCUUCUGAAACCGCUUUUUUUUGUCGUUGAUGCUUCCAGCUAAUUGCACAACGCGAGCGUGCGUUUUGAUGCUGCCUUUUGUGACGCGUACGUUCGCGUUGGGCGCUGUGCGCAAAAAGGGAAAUGAUGCAGGCGGGCGAACAUGCAGCUGAGGCGCGACCUGCCCUUGAACGGUAUCACAAGUUCAUCGACAUCGCCUCGGCUCGCGAUCUGUGCGCCUGUGCCUGUGCGAUGUGCACGUAUGCAGUUCCGCCCGGAGCCAAGUGACACUAGUGCGUGUUGUGUAACGAAUCUCUAAUACGAGCGUGUGCUAGUGUGCUGACGAAAACAUGAGCCCGGCCGGAGCCGACCGCCCGAGAUGCGCAUCUUGCCGUCACUCUCCGGAGCGACCACAGGGAGAGCGACUAGGUCUGACGUGUAACGGGCGCCUUGCCGGGUGCAUAUAUCACCCGCCGGCACCACACAGGUGCAGUGCAUAAUUUACGUUAUUGCACUGCGCUGCGUAUUGCACUGCCGUCAUUGAUCGGGUUCGUCGCCGCGCGUCAGCUGUGUAUCGAUUUGCUGGCACUGAUUUGAUUGUGAUUUUAAACCCUGCUCGAACGCAAAACUGCAAAGAGGUGUAUAUUAAAAAGAGAGAGAGAGAGAGAGAGAGAGAGAGAGAGAGAGAGAGACAUACAUUGUCCGUACGCUUCUUCCCCGGACAGAUCGGCUCCCACCUCCAUCAGGCGUGGCGUUAUGUAAAUUUACGCUUGUUUAGUGCACUCGGUGCAGUGCGAACGCAACUGAUUAGAGAUCGGAACUACUAGCCGAGGGGUUGUUUGGAGUGGCUGGGAUAAAGUGCCAGCGCCGGGGGAGGGGUAGUAUGAUUUUGCAUUGGUGUUGUGCCGCCCUGGCAACAAUCGCGCCAAUCCCUCGGGAACACCAAGAGGAGCCGGCCAGGGGUGGUACUGUUUGUUUUCUACUUGCUCGACCGGGCCGGUUGGGGCCGUUUAAUUUCAUACAAAAUUUAUAGUCAGCCGGCAUGUCAAUUCUAGCAAAACCGAUGGGCGUUGUUGAUGGCUUUCGCUGUCGCUAUUUUAUUUGUGGAGCUGGUUGUGGGUUUUUGUAUUUUUAAUGUACAACAAUGUUAUCAGAAUGGGGUUCCAUUAUUAUUGAUUUGAUUUUCAACAGUUUCCCACUUCGUUCCCUUACCCCCCCCCCCCCCCCCCCUUCCUAAUUUAUAGUUUCGUUGAGUGAACGUACCCAAUCUCGACGUCAAUUGCUGGGGCGGCGUGCGUGCGCGUGGUGUGAUAAAGCAUAAUAUUUUGGGCAACGAUGUUGGUAGUAACAUAGUAAUAUAAUUACAAUAACAACAAAAACACACACAUUGAGCUUUUGGCGAUAUUUAGAACGGCUGAAUGGGGAAACUGUGAAAACGUGCACAAAUUUGAACGUAAUCAAAAGACAAAACAAAAAAAACAAAACACCCAUCGCGUGUGUAACACACAAAGGUUUACAUUUCGGACCAAAAUUAUUUACAAAAAGAAUAGGAAAAUACAACAAAUUAACGAAUUAGCGAAAAAGAAAGAGAGACAGAGAGAGAGAGAGCAAAAUGUUACGAAAGUAGUAGUAGAACCAACCAAUUAAAAAAUCAAGUGCUAAAAAACAAAUUAUAUUACGAAACUCUUUUAGGACAAAUACAAAAUUAACCGAAACGGUAUUGUAGCAAAUUUAGGAAUCUUACAAACAAACAAGAAAACAAACGAGACGGAGCUUUCCUUUUGUACGCCUGUACGCGAUUGUUGCUGUUGAAUGGCGUUCGCACCGUAAUGAUGUUGUGGCGAUCAGGUAGAGAGCGAAGUGGAACAGGUAUACCAUACCACCCCCAGCACACGACGAUCAAGCAAAGGAGCUAACAAAAUCCCACCAUUACGCGCCCUGUUGCCUAGUAUCGAGGCGGCAGCCCAAAAGUUGGUCCGUGUCUGUAGAACGAAGUCGAAAUGGUAAAAGUGAAAAGGAUCGAAAAUCGGCUUUACCGGGUACACAAUCGCACACGUGUCGUCAUCCCCAUGCACGAACUGCUGCAUUACUCUUUACCAAAAUCGGUGGUAUGUGCGUGUGAGUUGUUUGUGUAAAAGUAGUAUAUAUCUUUAGUGCGGGAGAAAGUCGCGCGAAACCCAGCCACGGACACGGAAACAAAACAAAGUAAAAUGAAAUGAAUGUGCAAAAACAAACAGGUUGGCGUUGCCUUUCUCCGGUGCCGUCAGUCCGGAGAACAACGAAACUGUUGCUACUAAUACUACUACUACUACUACUACAACUAAAACUACAACUACUAUAUAACUCUACCGUCUUAGUCCUUAGGUUGUUAGAUUUACAUUGAACGCGUGUGUACCAGGAUCAGCAGGACUCCUCCUUAGUCCCCUUACCCUCUUUGCGGCCCUUUCCUUGUUUCGUUGUUGCCGUCUCCCUGUACACACGUGGGCGCGCGCAUAAAAGAAAAAAAAACACAGAAAGUGCAAAUUAAUUGUUAAGUGUUGAGUUGUUGCAAAAAUUCUAAUCUGCCUCCCUUUCAAAACCUCCCACUUGAUUAGGUUUAUGUUUGUUUUGUUUUGUUUUUGUUAUUCUAAAGGAAAGUGAAUUUGAUACGUUGGUAGAGUGUGUGUGUAUAUACAAAUGAAUGGGAAGCAUGUGUAUGAUGUUGUGCUAAGACUAAGAAAACGAUGCUCGUACACGUGGUGCACGUGCUUGUUCUAAGGAAGGGCAAACAUUCGCGAUCGAUCGAGAAAACCGAUCGUGGUGGUGUAACAUUUUUCAAACCGAGAUCGAGAUAAUCUAGUACGGAUGAUGAUCACAAUCAUUAUCCCUUAUCCUUACAAAGGAAGCGUGUGUUUGUUAGCUAUAUGUUAUUGCGUAGUUAUUAAACGUUUGUUUGUUUGUUACUCUUUUUUAGCCGGCCUUGCAGCAACAAAAGAAAAGGUCUUUUACUUUAACCCCCCCAAAACCCCCAACAAUGUUGAUUAAGUGUAGGUACGCUGAAUUUUCGGGAUUUUAAAAAGCCAAUUCGUACGCGUGUUGGUUAAGGAGUUGUGGGUGGGACGGGUAAAUGUGUCACUGUUUGCAAUGUACCCCCGUCGCCCCUCGCAGAAGAAGAAAAAACAAGCCAUCAAACAACGGAACACAGUGAGUUUAAAAAUACACACACAAGCAUACAGUGCUAAGCAUGUAGACAUGUAGAUUUAGCAACCGUUCACAUUGGAUUAGCAGCCGAAGCAGCGUUAGAUAGCUUGCCCUCCAUCAGCGGAAGAGUAGCGCAUUUGUGAGAGAGGAAGAACGAUUCAAAAUCGUCCUCAUGGAGGAUUAGGUGAAGAAAACAGACACAGUCGGACAAAAAGAAAUCAACGGAAAGAUAAAACUAUUGCGCGCUGUAAAAUGCUGCGUAAGUCAGUGAAGUUAUACGAACAAAUUGCAGGCUGCAGCACUGCAGCAGCAGGAUGCAGCCAAACGAAAACACUACACAACACACUUAUAUUCAUAUGAUGGAUGUGCCUAAAACAAUAUACGAACAAGCUAAACACAACACGUACACACACAUAUAGUGGAAACAGUUGUAA